AUGAACUCCUGUUUUUCUGACGACGACACUACUACUGGAAACUCAAAUAAUUUGAAACUAAUAAUAAAACAUGCUAGCAAGACGUAUCAUUUAAAUAUUGAUUGUCAAGAAUUUGCAACAAAACUAAAACAAUGGGAAGCAAUAUCGUCACAUAUUCACGUUUCGUCUGAUAAAAUGAAACUUAUUUGUAAAGGAAAAUGUUAUACGAAAGAAAAUUGUCACGAGUUUAAUGUGACACCUAAUAUGACAUGUAUGUUAAUAGGCGAAAUCGAUGAAGAUGAAACGGAUGUGAACAAGACAGAUAUUGAUUGUCUUGUUCGACAACUGAAAACAGAUCGAAAUACAGCUAUUCGUGCAUUAAAAAAAUAUCCAGACAUUGUUGAUGCGAUUUUAUAUAUUGGCAACAUGAUAUAA